AUGUCACCUCUCAUCUUCCAUACAAUAUUGAAACCAUCAUUAUGAGGGAAACUUUCCGUGCUAUGCUUGUUCUAGUUGCUGUAUUAUUCUUUGGAGCUGCAGAGUUUUGUUCCGGUCGGAACACAAGCUUUAGCUGUAUAGAAAGGGAGAGAGAAGCCCUCUUGAAGUUCAAACUUUGCUUCCGCGAUCCAUUGCAUAUGUUGUCUUCUUGGAAAGGCAAUGAUUGUUGUGAAUGGAGAGGAGUAGGCUGUGACAAAAAUAGUGGAUAUGUUGUCUCACUUCAACUCAGGGGAUUAGUGUCUGAUCAACAACCUCAAUUGUAUUUGAUUGACGAUGUAGAGGAGGUUGUUUCAAGUUUGCUCAAGCUAAGAUACUUGCAACACCUAGACUUGAGUAACAAUAAUUUCAAUGGUAAUCUUAUUCCACACUCCUUUGGCUUGAUAAAGCGACUGAGGUACCUAAAUCUCUCUCAUCUGCAAUUCAAAGGAAGAAUUCCUGGUGAACUUGGAAAUCUUACAAGGCUUCGUGUUCUUGAUCUUUCUCGUAAUUAUGGGGGAUUGAAGGUUGAUAAUGACAUUCAAUGGAUUUCUCGUCUCUCCUCUUUGCAACAACUUGAUAUGAGUGGAGUAGAUCUAAGCCAUGCCUCAUUAAACUUGUUCCAGCACUUAGAUCUUUCAGAUAGCAUCGGGCAACUUUCUAAGUUAGAAAGCAUAAAUCUUUCUGGCAAUCAAUUAAGUGGGAGUAUUCCAGAUAGCAUCGGACAACUUUCUAAAUUAGAGAGCAUAUAUCUCUCUGUCAAUCAAUUGAGUGGGAGUAUUCCAAAUAGUAUCGGGCAACUUUCUAAGUUAGAAAGCAUAAAUCUUGUUCUCAAUCAAUUGAGUGGGAGUAUUCCAGAGAGCAUUGGGCAACUUUCUAAGUUAGAAAGCAUAGAUUGUUUUGGCAAUCAAUUGAACGGGAGUAUUCCAGAUAGCAUCGGGCAACUUUCUAAGUUAGAGAGCAUAGAUCUUGUUGGCAAUCAAUUGAGUGGGAGUAUUCCAGAUAGCAUCGGGCAACUUUCUGAGUUAGAGAGCAUAGAUCUUUCUGGCAAUCAAUUGAGUGGGAGUAUUCCAGAUAGCAUCGGGCAACUUUCUGAGUUAGAGAGCAUAGAUCUUUCUGGCAAUCAAUUGAGUGGGAGUAUUCCAGAUAGCAUUGGGCAACUUUCUGAGUUAAAGAGCAUAGAUUUUUCUGGCAAUCAAUUGAGUGGGAGUAUUCCAUAUAGCAUCGGACAACUUUCUGAGUUAGAGAGCAUAGAUCUUUCUGGCAAUCAAUUGAGUGGGAGUAUUCCAGAUAGCAUCAGGCAACUUUCUAAGUUAGAGAGCAUAGAUCUUUCUAGCAAUCAACUUAGAACAGGAUUUCCUGAUUGGCUUCAAUUACAAAAGACAAUACUCAAGGUUGAUCUCUCUAAUGCUAGCAUCUCAGGUCCUCUUCCAGAAAACAUAGGUCAUAUGAUGCCAAUGUUGCAGCAAUUGUAUCUUGCAAAUAACCUCAUGAAUGAUCUUGCAGAUAAUAAUCUGAUAGGAAGGAUUCCUCAUUGUUUUGGAAAGUUUCCAAUUAUGGUGAAUGCAACACAAUUGAGCCAUGAACGAUAUUGGGAUCAGGAACUUUUGAUGGAGCGUUUCAAAGCGACAGACCUUGGGAAUUGGGAUCAGGCACCUUUGAAGGAGGUUGUGAAAGGGAGAUACCUUGAGUAUAGACAAAUAACUCUGAAACUUGAGAUUAUUAUAGAUCUUUCGAGAAAGAUUCCUGAUAAAAUUGGACAAAUGGAGAAUUUGGAAUCUCUAGAUUUCUCAAAGAAUGACCUCUCAGGAAUGAUCCCGAAUAGCAUGUCAAGUUUAACCAAGUUAAGCCACCUCAACUUGUCUUACAACAACUUGUCAGGGCCAAUUCCAACAGGCUAUCAACUCCAAACACUUGAAGAUCCAACCAUAUAUGCCAGCAAUCCUCAACUUUGUGGAGCUCCACUCCUAAAGAAAUGCUCAAAUGAUGCACUGCCUCCGACAAACACCAACUUCAAGGACAAUGAUGAAGGUGCACUUACAAGAAUGUGGUUUUACAUUGUCGUGAUGUUAGGCUUUGCAACUGGAUUCUGGGGAGUCGUGGGAACUUUGAUUUUUGUGAAAAGUUGGAGAUAUGCUUAUUUUCAAUGGGUGCAUGAUGUCCAACAUUGGAUACUUGUGGUUAUAACAUUGAAGGUGGCACGAUUCAAGAAGAUAUUCAAUGACAACCAAGAUGGUCAAUGAGUUAUAUAUGGAGUAUGUUGUUGUUGCUACAUUUAUUGUUUAGUUGGACAACCUCGUGUUGCAAUGUAUGGUGUUGGGUCCAACUUUGAAUGACUCAAUGUUGAAUAGGCCAACUUUAAAUGAACACAUAAGUAUUAA